AUGAAGUGUGAAUCAGUAGAUAAGGAUUUCGCGGAAUUCGAGUAUUGUCGUCUCAAAUCUCAGAACCGGACAUUCAAAUACAUUUCGUUAAAAGUUAACCUCUUCAAAGUUCCCAUAUCCAGGAUUAAGGUGAAUAUUGCCCUUUUUCAACGGUUGAAUGGAUAUAAACCCUUUCUCUACAAUAUUACUGUAGAUGUCUGUAACUACUAUAAGAACCCGAAAUCUAAACCGGUAUAUACGUUUUUUUAUAAUUUGUUUAAAAACGCUUCCAAUAUGAACCACUCUUGUCCUUAUAACCAUGACCUUGUGGUGGAAAAGCUUACAGCAGAGUAUAUAAAUCAACAAAUGACUACUGUUUUGCCUUUUCCGAAUGGAAACUACAUGUUUAAAAUGCACUGGAUUGCCUAUGAUGUUUUGCGAGCUGUGUUUAGGAUACAUUAUUCACUUUCUUAA